UUGUUUCAUUGAUGACCUUUCUCCAACGUCUUUAUUCAAGUUCUUAGUGUUGUUUGCAAAACGGUGGGAUGUAAGAAAAAAAAAAUGGGUUUAAACGAAGAAUUACCAGUCUUCACCGAAACUAAUUUGGGUACUCGCAUUGCACUUGCUAUCUCACCUGAUAUCACAGCCGCCAAAUUUAAAGGGGAAUUUGAAAGAGCCCACAUUGGUUGUUUCCCACAGCUAGGAUUUCUCUCUGUAAAUGCAGUGAUGGUGAAGCGGGAUUCCUGUUUUUACCACUUGCCUGAUUCGCUGUCUUUGAAGCACGUUUUCCAGGGUUUUCAAGAUACAUGGUUUAUCUAUGUUAAUGCCAGUCUAUCUGAUUUUAAUAAUUGUACUAGAGUUUCUCAGAAUAUCACUGACAGCAAGAGCAACAGACAGAAGAAGCUUUGCUCAAAAAGUGUUGCAUUAAAGCCAGCAUUGGCAGCGACAUCCUCUAAACCAAACAAGAGGAAAAGGAAGAGGAAGAGACAAAGUCUUAGUGAGGAAAGCCAAAGCUCGAAAGCUGCUGUGCUGGGACCAGUGCAAGUAGCAACAGCCUACCUAUUAAGGAAGAAACACAAAAGAAAAAAAAGACCAAUAGUGAAGAAACUUCAUCCGGAUUCUCUUAAGACAGAAGGAAACAUUCUCAACAUUUCCAAUGUGAUUCAGAGAGAAGGUAGUGCUCAGGAAAACGUGCUAUCUCUCAGUAAAAUAUCAGAUUCCAGCACUUCAAUUGAGACUUCUCUUGAAAGCUUAUCUGGAGCAGUAUCAGUAUCAGGGAUCAUUAACAAAUACUUCACAUAUUCAAUCGACGAUGUUCAUCACAUUAGAAGCACUUUCAACUCUGAAUUUACCCCAACAAAUGGACAAUGUGAAGUGGAGAAAUUUUCUACUGGUAAAAAAACUAGGAAGAACCAAAAUUCUGAAAAAAGGCACCACAGAUUAUUGCCCUCUCUUCUGCCUAAAGACUUGAAUUCUGUUGCUUUAACAAUGAAGGAGUAUGAAGCAUAUGGGGUUGGUAAACGUCUUGUUAUGGCUUCAAGUAAUCUUGCAGCUUCAAAAAGGUCGGCUUUUUCCAAAGGUAAACAGUUGUGGGAUCGAGAUGCUGGAACAACUAUAAGGCCUUUGGUUUUUGAAAUCGACGACAAUGACUGAUAGCCUAAAGGCAUCAGCUGCUGGACUAGCUAUUGCAAUUUUGUGAUCUAUACUCGCAAUAGCCUAAAGAUAUUUGCUUAAAGGUAAAGCAAUUAUUUAGAGAACCAGUUUGCGUUUUCAGACACCCGUGGGUAUGCACCAAUCUGUAGAGAACUAGUAUAACUUAUAGUUAAUUGUACCAAUCCAAGCAAAAAAUGUGCUUGUCUUUGUUGUUUUGUGAUACCUUGUCAAAGAAUGACUUGAGGGCAUUUAAGAAGUUCAACAUCAGUUGCCUGGAAAGAGUGAAACAAGAGUUGGAGUUUAACAUGGUAACUGAGACUUGGGAGAGCUUGUUUUUGAGCCCUUUGACUCAAAGUCUCAAAUCCUAAGAUUUUCUUUGCAUUUGCUUGUUUCUUCUGUAUUAGCUAAAAUUAUGUUCCCUUACAUGAGGUUGUUUUACAGUAACAAAUUGUGCCCUUCAAUGUUGUUCACACUUCACAUUAAAAUGAGGUUGCAAAGUUAGAAGUUAGGUCUCCGGAAGUUUGGAAUUCUUUCAUAAUGCUACUUUCGAGUGCAUACACUUAACUACUAAGAACCUGAAAUUGCUAUGACUCAAAAGGAAAAAAAAAUAUUUUUUUGGACACCCAUUUGCUCAGAGAAGCUGCUUUGCCAAGAACGACUAAUACCGUUCAUAAGAGAAGUAAAACUCAGAAUGGCACAACAGAUUUAACAUAUACAUUAGUUAAACCAGCCUACUGUCUGACAUGCCGACUCUCGUUGGGCAAUUCAGGGAAAUCAUGGGGGAGAGGCAUGACACAAUUUUCUCCGUUGAAAUAGAUUCUUUUUGGGAAAGCCCAACCUGCAUCAAAGGUGAAGGUACCACGUACUUUUCUUAGGAGCAUCUCAGUCUGUACAUUUCCACUUUCUCCUGAUUUUAGCAGCACAUCAUUGUAGUACUGUAUUCCCCAAAAUAAACCAGUGUCAUCUGAAAAUUGAAAAAGUUAGAAUAAUAGCAAAAGCAUAACUGUUGUAAGUUUGCAGUAACUUGUAAAGAUUAAGAGAAGGCUAGUUGAGUUGAAAUUACUGGUGGGGCGAUCUUGAGUAAGGGGCAUGUAAUUGAAGCUAAAAACCUGCACCAAAUCAUUAAGGUUUGGAUGCUCAACAGCCAAGUUCCAAGUGGUGUAAUUCUUACGUAUAUUAAGAUUCAUGAUCGUGAUCUUAACCCUCCAAUACGCUCUAUAGCUGUGCUUGAUGUGCCAAUGCACAUGUAUUGGACACAUAUGAGUAGUGCAAAUUACCAGAGGAGGUGGUACAUAAUCUGGAUCUUUUGAUUUUGGCAACGUUUGGGGUAUUUCUCCUUUUCUGCAAGGCACACAAGUAUAAUUAGGACUUAAUUCGUUUGAAGGGAAGACAUUGGCUGGUAGCUCUAUGUUUGAUGAGCAACUGAUGGAAACAACAUAUAGGAAAUACUUGAUGCAUGAUGAACCAGGUUGGUUUUGACAGCCACAGCUACAGUUGGGACAAAAUGUUAUUGUGGUGCUAUAAAAUGCAGACAAGGAAACACAACAAGUUGGGGCAGGUGCUGCUAUAAAUUGUGAAUAAGUACAAAUCACUUUGUAUGUACCUGUAAACAAAUGAAAAAAGCAAUAUGAAGUUAGAGAUAGAAUGGAAAGACAAUAGUAAUUGUAAGGAGAAGAGUGGAAACACUUACUAAGAGCUUGCCUCCAUCGUCGACCACCAUCCUCAGAGAACUGGGUAGGAGCAACGGCUUCAAGAUCACCACAAGUAUAACCAGGAGUACUAAAUGUGAAAUUCUUGGGCAUUGUGAAAUUUAAUUUUGAAGAAGAGGCGGCGAAACCAACACUCAUCUGAAAAUGUGAAGCAUACUUUGUUGAGUCUUGAGCCAUAGAAGUUAAAACACCAGCUCUGCAACAGUUAGAUGUUUGUUUAUUGAACGCGGUUCCUGGUUGAAGGUCAAUGAUAAGAGGACGCUUCAGCAACAAUGAGGAGGUGGUGUACCCAGUGAUUUGUUACAAACUCCUUGCAUAUUCCAUAUCACUUCAUCUCCAUCCCAUUCCCAGCUUAACCUCCAACCAGGAGGCGAUUCGAUGUGUCUAUAUUCUUGAAAAUUGUAUAUCGUUAUUUCUGCCUGCAUUCAGAAAUUUUUGUUUUAUUAUUCCUAAAAUUAACACUCAAACUUAAUGUGCGACAUAUUUCUAUCUCAAUGAAGGCUUUUGUUAUCAUUCUUAAAA